AUGGAAAAAUUGAAUGCCUUGGAUAAUGCCCUGAAACAAUUGAAUGGAUUGAAUAGUGAUCCGACGAAACGAGCUAAUAUAAUUGAAUACGUAAAAUUAAAAGGAACUAUCGCUGUUUUUGCCUAUGCAUCAUUGAUAUGGAAUCCUUUUGAGCAUGUCGAAAAAAUCAUUCCUGAUUGUUCGUUGACAGGUUAUAGUAAAAGAUUUUUAUGCCAAGAUGUCAUUUAUCGAGGCACAAAAGAUUGUAUGGGCUUGACAAUGGGCUUGAAACCAUGUGAGAAUAGUUUCGUUAAAGGUUAUUUGCUAAUAUCUGGCAUUGAUCAAUUGAUUCCAUUUAUUGAAGCAUUCGUUCAUCGUGAAAGUCCAAUCGAUGUCGAUGGUGUCAAAAUGGAUAUUUAUACAUAUGACUUUCUUCCUGUGCUAAUGUCCGAUGGGAAUACUGUUGAAUGGGCACUAACUUGUGUUGUCAAUUGCCUUAGUCAAUUAUACAUACCAGUAACAUUAUCGAUCGAACAACAAGCAGAGAUCAUAGGUCGAUCUUACGGAAUCAAUGGAACCAAUUUUCAAUAUUUAAAAAAUACUUUAAACACCUAUCGAAUAUUAGCUUUGAUUGAUACAUCUACAGAAGAAAUGCAACAGUUAUAUGAUGCCGUUCUACUUUAUCGACAGCAACUAAUUGAAGAGGAUCGUCAAUGGCUUGAAGCAUUCGAUCAGUUGUCAACAAAAGACGAAAGACAACUAGCGAUCGAAUCACGAAAGACAAACCACAUUCUAACAAAGCAACUCAAAGUAUUUAGUGACACAUGUUCGGUAGCACCUAAAAUUAUUCCUAAAUACCAUCGAAUGCUUUCUGUCUAA